GGGUGGUCAACACAUAGUGAUCUUCAGUAGAUCCUGGGGUGAAGUCUCUUGUCGAGCAGCAGCAGUGAAUUCUUCACCAUGAGGCUGGUGAUUGUGUUGUGCAUGAUGAUUCUGGCGGUGUGCGAGUCUCGCCAGCUGGGCCGCUGUGAGGUUGUCCGCCUCUUCAGGAAACAGGGACUGGAUGGCUUUGAGGGAUUUUCACUUGGAAACUACGUGUGCAUGGCGUACUGGGAGACCAAGUGGAAGACCCAUAAGGUGCGGGACAGCGACAACAUAGGAAAGGACUAUGGUAUCUUCCAAAUCAACAGCUACAAGUGGUGUAAUGAUGGCACCACAGGUGGAAAGAACCUGUGCAAUGUCUCCUGCGGAGAUCUGCUCAAUGAUAACCUGAAGGCCUCUGUUGAGUGUGCAAAACUCAUUGUCAGAAGGGAGGGACUGAAGGCAUGGGAAACCUGGGAUAAGUACUGCAACGGCAGGAAGAUGAAACGCUGGACGAAAAGUUGUGAUUAGAAGUUGUGAUUUGCUGAAGUGUCCAGCCUGUGAAAAAAUCACGGCAGAACUUAAUUCUUAACUGUUUUAAAGCUUAACUGCUGCGAUUAAAAAUGAAAUGUAUUGAUUAUUAUGAAGUGAACUUCCAUCUGUUUGUAUGAAGUUUCAAUAAAGCUUUUUCACUGCUUUGAAAAGUC